GUCUUUCAAAAGGUUAACUAGCGAAGGAACGUCACAAAACAGGCGAACGCCCUCUCCCGGGUACAGCAGAAAGAAAGAGUCUCUGAGUUCCUCAGAAUCUCGCUGGCAUACUUUCCAGAAGGUUCAGUGCAAUCGGCAAAACAGACUUGGAGUACGCCCAAGUAAAGGGAAAAAGAGGAUAAGGGAAGAACCCGAGUGUCCGGCAUGCUGUGUCAGAUUAGCGGGGCCGCUGGAGGAUUUCAACUCGCACGUCGAGCGGUGUGUGAGAAAGAGAGAAGCCAAUGGUUCUGAAGACGAAACAGUGGACGUGGAAGGUGGUGAACAUUUUGAACAAUAUGAAUGGGCGAGACAUAUCAGAAUACGAUCCUCUGGUCUAGAGACAGGAUUUGCAGGUUUUCAUUCGAGAAAACAUAAUGGUGAAGAUGAUGACGAUCAAGACUUAAACGUUGAUAGCGAUGAUACCGCCACCUAUGGUCAACCACAAUACACAGAAGCCGAUAUUAUUCCUUAUUCUUCCAAUGAACACCUAGAAAACGAGGAAAGAAAAAAAAUUGAGAAUGUGAUAGAAUCAGAAGAACAAGAAAUGAUUCUUGAAGGCAAUAAGUGGGUUGUUAAAAAUG